GACACGCCGCUUGCCGCGGCCCCCACCCAAGUCGCCGCAGCGUUUGCGGCCCUGGAGCUGCCAGGAGAGCCCGAGAAGCACCGUGAGGCGCUGCAGACGUUCUGCAGGCGCUGGCUGCUGCCAGUUGAGUCGGACCUGCAGCCGGCGGAGGUGCCGCAGCUGGCGGCGGGCCCGCCGCCCGCCUGGCUGCCGCUGGUCGCCCAACCCGACAUCCGGCGCUGGGCGGAGAGCCUGUUCCACAUGUGGGGCUCAUUGUGUCGCCAGGUGGCGCCUGACGUGGCGGCGCACCCCGACCGCCACACCCUGCUGCUGCCGCCUCAGCCGCGCCCCUUUGUCAUCCCGGGGGCCAGGUUCAGGGAGCAAUACUACUGGGAUACCUUUUGGUCGGUGCGGGGCCUGCUGGCCUGCGGCCUGCUGGAGAUGGCGCAGGCAAGCUUGGGCAGCCUGGCUGGGCUUCGGGGCUGCCACCGCGGGCCGGCGCCUGCCUCCAGCCCUACCCUGAUGCACCUCCUGCCGCAGAUGGUGGCGGCGCUGCACGCCGCGGCGCCGGACGAAGCGCUGCUGCUGCGGGCGCUGGCGGCCUUCCGGCAAGAGCACAACUACUGGAUGUCUGGGGCCAAGGAGGUGGCGCUCCGAGGGGCGGACGGCCGCACGUACCGCCUGGCGCGGUACCAUGCGGCGUGGGACAAGCCGCGGCCGGAAUCAUACAGGCAAGGCUGGCUGGCCGCCGGCCUGCCCAGCCGCCACGCGCCCGCCUGUCUACUGUGGCGGGAGCUGGCCACUGCAGCCGAGUCGGGCUGGGACUUUUCCUCCCGCUGGCUGGCAGACGGCACCAGCCUGCGCAGCUGCCGCGCCACGCGGGUCGUGCCGGCUGACCUCAAUGCUCUGCUCUACCAGAUGGAAAGCAACAUGGCAGCCUUUGCAGAUGAAGUGGGCUACCACGGCCUGGCUGCGGGCCUGGUGUACCAGGCCAAGCAGCGGCUGGCGGCCAUCCGGGCCUUGAUGUGGGAUGACGCGUCUGGGCAAUGGCGGGACUUGGUGCUGGGGGCACCAGAUGGAGCAGACGAGGCUUCGACAGACGCUUCAGCACACCCAGUGCUGGCGGCCUCCAACUGGGUGCCACUCUACUGUGGCUGUGCCGCUGCGGGCAGCGCGCAGGCGGCGGCCGCGGUGGCGUCGCUGCGCGGCUCGGGCCUGAUCCGCGAGGCUGGGGUGGCUGUCAGCCUGCGGGAGACGGGGCAACAGUGGGACUGGCCAAACGCGUGGCCGCCCAUCACAUGCAUGCUAGUGGAGGGCUGCCAGAAGUAUGGGGGAGAAGCAGGCGCCCAGCUGGCAGCUGCCAUGGCGCAGCAGUAUCUGGAAACUGCCCACGCCGGCUGGGAGCAGAGUGGGCGCAACUUUGAGAAGUUUGAUGCGCGGCGGUUGGGCGCGCCAGGCGGCGGCGGCGAGUACGACUGCGUGGACGGCUUUGGGUGGACAAACGGCGUCGCGCUUGCGCUGCUACAGCAGUAUGGCUGG